UGGAGAGUUUCUAUAUGGAACAACAGAGCAACAGCUUUAAAACAACUUGUUAUCCCGUCUCAGCCUUGUGCAUUGUGGCAGUUUCUUUUGUGUUUACAGACAUGGUGAUGCUGAGGUUGGCAGUACUACUCCUGGGGCUGCUUCUUGCAGCACGCUGUGAAGUCAGAGCCAGGGACCCGGAGGUAGAGGAUGAGGAAGAGUUGAAGGACAUGUCGCACGAUGGUGGAUUGGGGCAUGGAGUUCCCUUGGUAGGGUUUGGAGCACAGCAGAGCCCUGAAGUCUAUGGAGCUCCUCAUUAUCCUAUCGGUAAUGGACACAAAGAUCCCAGCCAUGAACUUCCCUCUUCAGAUGUGCCUGAGGAAGCAGGGGAUCCAUCAUCUGAAACUGGGACCAAGGGCUCUUUACUACGCACUGGGAAUUGGUGUGCGUUUGUUCACAAGCGUGCUGUUUCUGUGGCAGUAUCCUGUGGAACUGAAAAAUACACUAUCAAGUCCCAGAGUCCAUGUCCUAAUGGUACUCCAGACUGCCAGCUGGUGAUGUACAAGCUAUCCACUCGCCCAGUGUACAGAGAAAAGCAGAAAAUAUUUACUGCACUUCUAUGGCGAUGCUGCCCUGGGCACAGUGGGAAGAACUGUGAGGAGAUAGUCCCAGACGGUCAUAUCGCUGACUCUGAAGACUCACAUGCCAUGACAGGCAUACCACAUCCAGGAGAGCAUGACACCACUAUUAGAGGAUAUGACAUACUGACUCGGCAGCUAGAGAAUCAGAACAGAGAGCAAAAUGACUUCCAAAUUGUAGAGAAUCAAACUGCAAUGGAGCCCAGCGAUGACUAUGAGCAGCACAGCCUUCAUGCUGGCCAUGACCACCAUCACAAUCAAGACUUUGACAGUAGGGAUCCCUAUGCUGUAAAUGAAGGCAUCCUUCAUCCUGAGACAUCUUACAUUAACCAUGGGCUCCUGCCAAUCUUGAAAGAGGCUGUGAUGUCUCAGCUGCAACCUGUGCUGGAGAAUUUCAAUCUAACCCUGGAACACCUCUUUCAGGAGGUGCAGGAUUUGCAGCGGGACAUGGCUCAACUCCAACAUAAUCAAAGGCAGGGGAGAGUCAGUGAACCUCUGGACGGUGGUGGUGAGGAGCAUAGUCAUCAAGAGGCUGUUGAGGAAGAGUUAAGGGAGAGCUUACAGAAGCUGGAGGAGGUGAAAGCUCAGUUUCACAACCACCGCAUUGAGAUAGAAGGGAGGCUCCAUGCACAGCACAGAAUGCUGCUCCACAACCUGACGAAUUUCAAGACUGAUAUGGACCACAAAAUCAAACAUAACCAAAAGAUGGUACAGGUGAAUCACCACUCUCUGAACACAUCAAUGUCUGAAGUAAAGCAGGAGCAAGAGAGGAUGGAUGAGGAACUCCAAAGAAUCUGGCCUGAAAAGAGAACUACUCCGACACAAAGUCAGCCUCACGAGAGCAUGGCUGUCUGGGAGGCCAUCACCCGUCUGGACAACAAAGUCAUCAACAACACAGUGAGACUCAGUACUCUGACUGAAGGCCAAGAACAAGUGACUGACAACAUCAAGGACCUCCAGAGUAGAUGGAGGGAUCUGGAAGAGAAAAUAGUCCAGACUGGCCGCAACAGCCAGGUUCAGUUUAUGGAGACCGGUUUGGAAGUGGAGGCAGCCAAAGUAGAAGUGCUUAACCGUAUUAAUGAGCUUAAAAGCAACAUCAGUGACCUCCAGGGAAACCUGCAGGAUAUGGAGACAGAUGUUGACUAUCUUUAUACACAGUAUUACAAGAAUAUAAGUUCAGCAGGUGGGAACUGUGACUGUGUGGCUCUCGGAACAUCUGUGGCAGAGUUGGAACAGACUGUAGCUAAUGUGAUAGCGAAUGAAAACAGGUUAGUCAGGGAGGGUGAGGCAGAAGAGAUGUGGGACAAUCGGGACAAUGGUGCUUGGAUUUCAUCUGUGGAAGAUCUAAAACAAGGGCUAAACAAUGUGAAGACAUCCCUGGCCUUUGAACAAGAAAAGAGCAGACUGUUGCAGCAAAAUUUGACCCAGCUCCAAGCCUCUAUCCUGGGCAGCCAGCAGGACAUGGAAACACUCCAGGAACAGGACAGGGCCAAGGUUGACAAGAUCCAGCACCUAGCUAGCAUUUUCAACACUUUGCUGCAGGAUGUCAUUCGUCACUCAGAUGUACUGGAGAUUUUGCUUGGGGAAGAGGUGCUGGAAUUCAUGGAGUGGUCUCACGAGGAUCAGAGACAUUACUCUAUACCAGCAUUGAAGAAAAGCAUCAGGGAUGUGCAAGAGAAGAUGCCUGACAGCCUUAGCUUGGCCUCAAUGUUGAACUCAGCUACUCCUCAGGUGACAGCAGCAGAUGAGCCAUCGGUGCUUGCAGACUGGGACUCGGUGGGCAUCAAAAGGAGACGUGGGGAUCAGAGAUUUGACCUGUCUGAGGAACUGCCGGAAUAUUCAGACAAUGACUUCUGGACUUUAGAGAAAAAAGUAGAAGAGCUUGGAACUCAGAUCCGACGGCUUGAGGAACAUCGCUGUCUUUCUUGCAUGAACUCCACUAAAACCGCUGCUGGUGGCUUGGACGUCAAACUGGAGACCGAGGUCUCUACUUUGCGUAAAAACCUUGAGGCACAUCUUGUUGUUUUUAACAACAUUUUCAGUAACACAGAAGGACUUGCUGACACUAAGGCUUCUGUAGACUUAGAUAAAUUGUCAGCUUUGAUGAAGAGAAAGGAAGCAAAGCAACAAAAAAAGAAACAGAAGAAUAGACCAACUAAAAGAGUGGUCCAGCAAGUAAAACAAGAUCGUUUCCGCAGGAGGAGGGAUGCUUCACUGGAGUCAGCAGUGCUUCGUCAACUUCCAGACAGUCCAUUCAUGUUCCUGGCCAGCAGUGCAGAUGGUGUUGAUGUAUCUGGUGCAGUCAUUUUCCAGAACGUGAUCCUAAAUCAUGGACAAACAUACUUUCCCAAGACGGGCAUAUUUCGUGCCCCAACUUCUGGUGUGUACCUCUUUGUGGUGACACUGGACUUUGGACCAGGCCCUUCUCUGGUCCAGUUAAAGAGAGGUGGAGAUGUAGCUGCCUCCUUGCGGCAGACCCAGAGGAAGUUUGGUGCACCUGCUACACGUGUCAGCAUUCUGCAGCUGGAUCAAGGAGAGGAACUCCAACUAGAAUUGGUGCAGGGAACGUUAGAGCGCAACCCACAAGAUAACACGUUUGCUGGUCUUCUAAUGCUCCAGACCACCUGAGUGUGAGAUACACUUGAAGAAUGCAAAAUGGCUGUGUUGAAGAGAGCGACAAAUCCUGCUUUAUUGCACUACACUCCACUUAAAAUUUCUCUUUCAGGAUCCCAGAGACUAAAGUAGCAGCUUAUGUUGUUAGUAAUGGUGACACGAUAUUAUGAGACUGCACUGUUUACGUGGUGGCCCUGUUUGGUGGACAUGGAUGUCAGCAUGAAAAGAGGAGUCUGGAAUAGAUGUGAUUAAUAUAUACACUACCGGUCAAAACAUUUGAAACAUUUGACUGAAAUGUUUCACAUGAUCUUAAAAAUCUAUCAGAAGACAUAUGCUUAAAUGUUUGAAAUUAGUUUUGUAGACCAAAAUAUAAUUGUGCCGCCAUAUUAAUUUAUUUAAUUAUAAAACUAACAUUUAUAUGUAUAUAUAUAAAUAAAUAAAUAAAAAAAAUUUUUUUUUAAAUUGAUGACUUCGACCAAAUAAUAAAGAAAAGCAGCCAUGAAGUGCCCAACAUAGAUGGGAACUCUUUCAAUACUGUUUAAAAAGCAUCCCAGGGUGAUGACUCAAGAAGAUGGUUGAGAAAAUGUCAAGAGUACAUGUCAACAGGGAGACUACAUUGAAGAUGCCAUGUAUAACACAGUUUUAAUUUAUUUUGGAUUUUGUUUAGUCACAACAUAAUUCCCAUAGUUCCAUUGAUGUUAUUCCACAGUUUUGAUGACUUUACUAUUAUUUUAAAAUGUGAAAGAAAAAAAAAAGAUUGAGUGUUUCAAAACUUUUGACUGGUAGUAUGUAUAAAUAUAUAAUGAUUACAUUGUAUAAUAUUUGUCAGAGUAUGAGGCCAACUCAUAAGGUACCCUUUCAACAUGGGGCUGUAGAAAACAAAAACAAGUUGUCCCAAAUUGCCCACUAGGGGUUUUGUUUAAUAUAUUACACAGAUGGCUGUGUGCUACUAUGGUAAAUCACAUUUAAAAAUCUACACUCAUAUAUAUAUACACACAGUAUGGUAAAAUUCAUGCUCCAACACACUAGAAAAAAAAAAAAAAAAAAAAAAAAUGGAGAAAAGAAAUUAAUUUAACAAGUGUCACUUCCCAACAAAUAAACUUCAUAACUAAAAGGUGCAUUCUCAGUUGAGCACGGUAAAGAACAUGGGUUAGAUGCAAAAUCUAUUUGACAAAAUUGCUGCACUGACAACGAGGAUAUUCUUCCAAAAAGGAAACUGACUUCAAAAACAUUGGAAUUGUGAAAAUUAGACGAGUCCUCUUUUUUUUAAAGAAAUCAGUUGCUAAUGUUUGAAUACCUCUUUUCAGACACAGAAGUGCAUUUGAUGUAAAUAAUCUGCUUCAUGGAUUCAAAUACUAGAUGGCUUAUAUGGCAGGAGUUUUCAGUGUAUUUACAUAGAAAGUAUAUAUAGUUUUUGCUUUACCCCUAUUGUACUGUUCACUGAAGUUAACGUCACCAUGCUGAGAUUGACUAUUUCCCUUGUCUUAGAACUAUUAUUUUCUAAUGAUCUUUAUUCAGAACUUUUCUAAAAUAGUUAUGUUGUUUUGUAAACAUGACAGUAACCUUGGCAUUCUGUGUAAAUCAAGGCAUACUGUGCAAAGUAGUAUAUAUCAUAGCACCUUAGUCUGGCACUGAUAUUAUCAUAGCAUUUUUCAGCCACACUUCCAAUUAGGGUUAACUAAUGUGAAUUGUUUUUUGUUUUGUUACUGUUUGAAAUCACAUUGGUCUUUUCAAUGGCACUGAGAAUAAAUGGAGUAUGCUAGGACACAACCUUGCAUUUUGUGAAUAAUAAAACUAAAUCCAUAUGGGAGUUUUGUAACAACUUAUGUAACAUUUUAUAACAAUAAUGUGUAUUUUGGAUCGUACCAGUUACAGCAGCCCCAACUGAAAUAUUAAGCACUGAUGAUUAAUAGAUGUUAUUUACGGUCAUACCUUUCGCCUUAUGGCACCUCGCAAACAAUUACGCAUUUGAAAUACAUAAUUAAGAAUAUUGGCAAGCACAUAUGAUCGGCAUUUCACCACAUGGUUAAUAGUUGCUGUGGUUCAUUUCAUAAUUCAUAGUGGAAGCAUCUACAGCAAUAUAGUGAACUCAGGAAUGCAUCACACCAAUCCACUUAUACCUAUGAAAACAACCAACUCUCCCACCCUCACAAAUCCAAAAUUGAGUUUGACAACUUUGAAGGGGUGUUCACUCUUAUAGUGAUUAAAUUGCCUGAGGUGGCCAAGCCACUGUACAGAUGGUUGCAGGCAGACGUUCCUACUCAACUGCUGUAUCUAACGGGAUCAACUAGUGGACCACAUUAGCCAUUCCUUUUGGUUGUUGCCACAAUGUGCCAUUGCGUAUUUGUGUAAAGUUAAAUUCGGAUCAACUUUGUUGCAUCACCAGUGGUGUCGAUCAUGCUAAAUCUCAAAGAAAACCGUUGUCGCUGGAAAUCACAGUAUGAACACCCUUAAAAGGACAGUUCACCUAAAAUGAAAAUUCUCUCAUCAUUUACUCAUCCUCAUGCCAUUUCAGAUGUCUAUGACUUUCUUCUGCUGAUUACAAUGAUUUUUCGUAGAAAGAUCAGCUCUGUAGGUGCUAACAAUGCAAAUGAAUGGUGACCAGAAUUUUGAUCCUCCAAAAUGCACAAAGGUAGCAUAAAAGUAAUCCACAAAAAGUAAACCUCCAGUGGUUAAAUCCAUGUCUUCAGAAGCGAUAUGAUAAGUCUGGGUUAGAAACAGAUAAAUAUUUAUGUCCAUAAAUAUUUACAGUGAUGCGUUAGUCAUACACAUCUGGGAUGGCAUUAGA